AUGGGUCAGUUAGCUACUAAGCUUUGUAGUAGACCGCAAGGAGCCUUGCCAAGCAAUAUAGAAAAUUUGAGAAAUUUCAGUAAGGAAUAUUGCAAAGUGGUAGAGUUACGAGGUGAUAAGAUUUUGGAACCUAAGAAGGAUGUGGUUGAAGAUGAGCCUGCUGAAAAUAAAGGAAGACAAUCAAUGAUUAAAAACAAGCUACCUCCGAAACUAAAGGAUCCUGGAAGCUUUACGAUACCUUGCAACAUCGAAAAAUCAUAUUGUGGUAAAGCUUUGUACGACCUUGGAGCAAGUAUCAACUUGAUGCCCAAAUCCAUUUUCAAGCUGUUAGGAAUAGGUAAAGUAAGACCUACUACUGUGACACUUCAACUGGUGGAUCGAUUGUUAGCAUAUCCUGAAGGGAAUAUCGAGGAUGUUUUGGUAAGAGUUGAUAACUUUAUUUUUACUGCUGAUUUUAUUGUAUUGGAUUUUAAAGAAGAUAAGGAAGUUCAAAUCAUCCUUGAAACAACUUUCCUAGCCACGGGAAGAACAUUGAUAGAUGUGCAAAAAGGUGAACUCAACAUGCGAGUUUGA